AUGCCCUGGACCAGACCCCAGGUGGACCUUAAUGCGGGGGGAGCAGAGGCCAUGGACCAGUUGAACACAGACAACCAUCACUACAAGGGCUCCCUCUUCGACACCUCCACCCUCAUCCCUGUCACCGUCAUCUGCAUCCUCAUCUUCAUCAUCGGGGUGACCGGCAACACCAUGACCAUCCUCAUCAUCCAGCACUUCAAGGACAUGAAGACCACCACCAACCUCUACCUGUCCAGCAUGGCGGUGUCCGACCUCAUCAUCUUCCUCUGCCUGCCCUUUGACCUUUACCGCCUGUGGAAGUACGUGCCCUGGCUUUUCGGGGAGGUGGUGUGCCGCUUCUAUCACUACAUCUUCGAAGGCUGCACCUCGGCCACCAUCCUGCACAUCACGGCCCUGAGCAUCGAGCGCUACCUGGCCAUCAGCUUCCCCCUCAGGAGCAAGGUGUUGGUGACCCGACGCAGGGUCCAGUACAUCAUCUUCGCCCUGUGGGUCUUUGCCCUGGUGUCUGCCGCUCCAACGCUCUUCCUCGUUGGGGUGGAGUAUGACAACGACACACACCCGGACUACAACACAGGGCAGUGCAAGCACAGCAACUACGCCAUCAGUUCCGGGCAGCUGCACAUCAUGCUCUGGGUGUCCACCAUCUACUUUUUCUGCCCCAUGCUCUGCCUCAUCUUCCUCUAUGGCUCCAUCGGAUGCAAGUUGUGGAAAAGCAAAAUGGACCUGCAAGGCCCCUGCGCUUUGGCCCGAGAGCGGUCUCACAGGCAAACAGUCAAGAUCCUGGUGGUAGUGGUGCUGGCCUUCAUCAUCUGCUGGCUGCCCUAUCACAUUGGCAGGAACCUGUUUGCCCAAGCGGACGACCACGAGACGGCCACGUUGAGCCAGAACUUCAACAUGGCCUCCAUGGUGCUGUGCUACCUCAGCGCCUCCAUCAACCCCGUCGUCUACAACCUCAUGUCCCGGAAGUACCGGGCCGCAGCCAAACGCCUGUUCCUGCUGCACCAGCGGCAAAUACAAGCCCGCCGCGGCCAGAGGCAGCUCAGCGUGAUCGACCACAUCUCCACCCUGAAUGAGAGCCUGACUGGGGUCUGAGGGGGUCAUGAGCAGUGAUUUUAACAGGUUUGAUUGACUUCAGAGAUUGCACGCUUCAGGAGUUGAGAGAAACCUUGUUGAAGAUUUGUCGUUCUCAUAAAUCAAGAAAAUCUGAAAACAAGUAAACCUAUUAGCCGUGCUCCAUUAGUUGUGCAGAUCUGAAAUUGGAUAUUCCGGUGUGAUGUUUGAGUGUUUGUGUUUGUUGUGUACCAUUUCUCCAGUGAAUAGAUGCAACAUAAACUUCAUAAAAGCAGAUUAAUAUGAAAAUGGGACAGUUGAUGUCUGUGUGAGGCCACCUGAGCCCUGAGGAUUUGGGGCUGCGUACGUGCCGGCCAUCAUGUAAUCUAACACAGCUAUUAUAUUACCUGGGCUCUGAGUUUGAUUUAAGCUGGCGGCUAGUGUCCCUGCAUCACCAUAUUCAAAGUAAUGGCUGCUCUAAGUGCAUUUCAAAGAGGAACAAAAUAUUAGGCUGUCAGCAGCGGCAUAGGUUAUUGCUUUUAUUGCUUCCGCCUGCAUAAUCUCGACAACGUUGUCCAUUUCCUCAUUGAUGUUGCAUUUUUUAUUAGAAAUUGUACUCUUUUUGUACCUCAUGCACUCUGGCAAGAAGGGUAACGUCAAAGUAUUUAGCCUAUUUUUAACCUGAACACUGUCUAAUCCCAAAAUAAACGCAGAGUUUUCAGGGUUCUGUCUCUUAAAUGGAA